AUGAAACCCGAGGAUUGGGACAAACUUGAAGGCAUAUCUUACUCAAAAGUGAAAAAUGAACGGGACAGAGUGAGCAAAAAACACAAAGUGAAGUUCGAAAAACUAUACGAGGCUGUAUGUACAGCGGCCCCUCGUUUAGACUUGUCCAGAGUGGUCAUAAACCGAACGGACCGGGUUCUCACUGAAGAUGAAACGUCAGUGUUAGCACGAGGCGUUAACUUCGCGAUUGUGCCACGACGGGUUCCAAAUGAGGAAAUUAUCGCUGGUACAGAAGCGGCAAUCAGGAAUCUAUCGGAUGAAGGAGCGGAAGACAUCAGGAUUAUAACAGCAAACAUCCUGAACAAGGCACGACCUCCUAAAUGCAACAUCUCUAAAAGAGAGAUUGCAGCCUUAAAGAACUUGAACUCUGAUGAGAGCAUCACGAUACUUCCAACAGACAAAGUAAAUACCACGGUGAUUCUGAAAACGGAAGAAUAUAACAACAAAAUUGAAGAACUACUAGACCCGGCAAACACACCAGCAAACUUCAACGGGACCCAACGCAAUCUAAGUUAA